GCGAACCGCAGCAAGCAGAGCGUGCGAGCGGGCACCGCGGUGGGGGGGACGUGGAGGAGGAGGCAGGGAUGUAGACGGCCGGAGCCGCACCUCUACUCCGCUGGCCGACACGCAGGUAACGAGCAUGACUGAAUGGUUCUUGCGUUGCGUCGUGUUUGUAUGUUUCUAGAAGGCGUUGUUUUGACGACACCUGUCCGGAUGAGAGAGUCUGGAGCCGCAUCGAGACAGGUGGCACGGCAUCUCCUCAAUGGCGACUGUCCCAGUGUGACAUCUGCAAAUGACGUCGCAGGGUUUCUAUGUAGAUUUAAGGACUAUGUUUUAAGAAGUGGAGUCAGAUUUCCCCAAGAAAAUGAGCCAUAGGUAUCCAGAAGACGGCAGUGGGGAAGUUGAUGAGGAAUGCCCUGUAGCCUCCGUUUCUCAGAGGACUAGGCAGAAUAAUGGCUCAGUGCCUGGAGAACCUCCUUUACGUCGACCUUGGAGGCCAUGUCAGAUGCUCAGUCCAGAUGGAGAAUUGAAUCCCCACCAUCAUCACCAUCCUCAUCAACCUCCUUAUCAUCACCACCCACCUGCAGGUCGUGGUGUCUCACAAUGCCAACGCCGGCGUCCACCAUCAGUACAAGCGCAAGGCCAAAGUCAGGCUUAUUUCCCAAGUUCCGUCUCAGAGGCUGUUACCUCUCAUGAAAAUCAAGACACUGUACCACGUCCUGUUCAGCAGCUCCGGCCCGCUGUCACCCGUUACCGCCGUCGUGGUGACCCAAAUCCAAGACUUAAAGGUCCAAGACAGAGGCCAUUAAUCAAGGAAAUACAGAAUUCUUUACCAGUUUCAGACCAAAUAGAAGGUCAAGUGAAGCAAGACAUUACAGAUGGUCUUUCUAAGGAAUGUUUACAGGAGAGAGGAUCAUCCCACCUGACUCACUCAACUGAAGAAGUUAAGCAGAGUGAAGAACCAGCACCAGCUGAGAAUGGAACAGAAGUGCACUCAACCAUGAAUCACUCUUGUUGCACCCAUGAAGAAAUACAGGCAGUCCAACAAGGAGCAGAGGUUUGUGUCGACAAGGAGGUCAAAAAACAGGAGGAAUAUGUGGAUGGUGAUGUUGUAGAUGUUGAAGCUCAGGGAAGUGAAAUCACUGAUCUCUGCUCAGACACAGAAAGUGCUGCUUCACUUAGUAACGAUGGACCUCUCCAUAGCCCUCCGCCACUCCAGUCCCCUACUCCACCAUCAUCGCCUGAUGCACCACUUUUCCCCCAGCUGGACCACUUCAGCGAGGAAGCCAGUCUGAGCCCUCUGCCCGACAAUGACAUGCUGCCUGAAGACGAAGAUGACGAGUGCUCUGAAUCACCCUUGGAAUAUUAUCCCAAAACCUAUGCAGACUUUUAUACAGAGUCACACCAAAAGUCUUAUGUGGAACUGGUUGAUCAUUCUGAGACAAAAUCUCAUCCGAAAUCCUUUCCAGAACCACUUAAGACCUCCUAUUCUGAAACACUCAGAGAAUCUCAGACACAGUCUCGUCAGAAGUCUGAGCCAUGCGAGCCCCAGCACGUGUCCCACCGAGAGCCAUUUACCAGCCAUAGACAGGAGAAUGUCCAAAAAUCUUCCCCUAUCAAGGGCUCCCAUCCGGCACCAAGGCGGGGCAAAGAUCGAGUUUCCCAUCCUUCCGAAGUGGAUAGCUCUGUGGGCUGCCGGUUGCACCAUUAUGACGGUCAGUCUGAUGGGGAGGGAGGCAGUGCUAAUCAAAGUCCCAUCCAGAAAAGUUUUAGGCAAGCACCUAGACAAGCAGAUACACGGACAAAACUUCCAUCAUCUGUACAGAGCGGCUCAGGAGAGACCAAGGAUGAGAUUGGUCAUCUGUCAGAGGAAGCUACAAAGGUUCCAGGAGAUGCCAUCAGCCUUGUAAUAAAAGACAUUAGGGAGGCCAUUGAGGAGGUUAAGACCAAGACGAUAAGGUCUCCCUACACACCUGACCAGCCCGUGGAGCCCAUUUGGGUAAUGAGACAAGAGAUGAGCCCCACAGAGGAGGUCGACCAACUACAGAUGAUGGCAGGCCAUUUGGUGUCCAGGUCUCCGUCCCAGAGUGCAUCUAUGUCGGAUCAGGAGUCUGGAAGUCCGCUGAAUGUCGAGUCCUCCAGAGCACUCCAUUCCCAACAAUAUCGUGAGCAACAAGCCCAAAGCCGGCAGUCGAGUCAAAGGGAUGCCACAAUGCAACCGCACCCAUAUGUGCAGCCAAAUCAAUUACACCAACAGCAGCAGCAUCAACAGAAUCAACAGCAUCCACGACAUCAGGGUCAGCCCCCUUCACAGCAGCCACCUGUCCAAGAGAUUUGCAGAUCUCUUCCUCAAUUUCCCACAUUUGUGGAUGUUCCGGGACCAUGUGACCCCGAUGACCUUAUUGACGGCAUAAUUUUUGCUGCAACGUACCUGGGCUGCACCCACCUGCUUUCAGAAAGGACACCCACAAAGAGCGCCCGCAUGCAACAGGCACAAGAAGCCAUGAACAGAGUGCGGGCAGCUCAGAAGCAGGCAAAGAACAGGAAAAAGAGUCCCGACAGUGAGACUCCAUGUACUGCUGAGGUGGAUCUUUUCAUGUCCACACAAAGAAUCAAAGUCCUCAAUGCAGAUACUCAGGAGACUUUAAUGGAUUUGCCGCUGAGGACCAUCUCUUAUAUAGCCGACAUUGGCAACAUGGUGGUCUUGAUGGCCCGGGGGAAGAUGGUCCGGUCCCGCAGUGCACAGGAAAACCUGGACCAGACAGCUGAGCAGACCACCAUGUCCAAUGAUGACAGAAGGCUCUACAGGAUGAUCUGUCACGUCUUUGAGUCUGAAGAUGCCCAGCUGAUCGCUCAGUCCAUUGGUCAGUCCUUCAGCGUGGCCUAUCAGGAGUUCCUCAGGGCCAACGGCAUCGACCCGGAGGAUCUGAGUCAGAGGGAGUACAGCGACCUCCUCAACACUCAGGACAUGUACAACGACGACCUCAUCCACUUCUCCAAGUCUGAGAACUGUAGAGAUGUUUACAUAGAGAAGCAGAAGGGGGAGAUUCUGGGUGUGGUGAUAGUGGAAUCAGGCUGGGGGUCCAUCCUCCCCACCGUCAUCAUUGCCAGCAUGAUGCACGCCGGUCCCGCUGAGAAGUCCGGUCGACUCAACAUCGGCGACCAGAUCAUGACAGUCAACGGCACCAGCCUGGUGGGUUUGCCGCUCAGCACCUGCCAAAGUAUCAUCAAGGGGCUAAAGUCUCAGUGCAGGAUCAAGAUGAACAUUGUCCGAUGCCCCCCUGUUACUAUGGUGCUCAUUCGCAGGCCAGAUCUCAGAUAUCAACUUGGCUUUAGUGUCCAGAAUGGCAUCAUCUGCAGUCUGAUGAGGGGAGGAAUUGCAGAGAGGGGGGGCGUACGCGUUGGCCACCGGAUCAUCGAGAUCAACGGUCAGAGCGUCGUGGCGACACCUCACGAGAGGAUCGUUCAGAUUCUCUCAAAUGCCAUGGGAGAGAUCCACAUGAAGACGAUGCCUGCAGCCAUGUAUCGCCUGCUGACAGCACAGGAGCAACCAGUCUACAUCUGACAACACAUUCAUCACCCCCCCCCCCUGUUCAUUCAGCUUUCACUCUUCCACUGCGACCUGUUUGACAUCACGCUAAUUGCCUUAAUGUGUACAGCAACAUAAACAUCAACAGCGUAAGAAGUUGUUGUAUUUUUGUUCAUUUGAGCUACGUUCUCCUGUGAUGUGGUAUACAGUACGUUAGACCAAAGAUAAAAAUCGAUGGUCUUAAUGUGCACAUGUAGGCGGCAAACAGAGCAAAUGUUAUUUUUGGUCAAAUAGCUGUAAUAUCUGAAUGUACACGACAUAAUGUUGGACCUAAGUGUUGCCAGGGCAACCCAAAUGUUAAACAAGUCAAGCAAAGCAUGUUCAUGUCUGCUAAAUAAACUGAAGGUGAUCACCAACUCCAUCUGGCUAGUUGUAGUCUCUUUUUAGAUUUUAAAACAUUUGAAUUUCAUUUGAAUCUGUUAUAUGAAAGGAGAUCCAACAUUACUAACUUUUCAGUAACACAAAUGAAACACCUUAACAUACGAUUCGUGUAAAAAAAAACAAAAAAAAAAAAACAUUUGUAAUCCCCCAGAGUCAACAACACUAACUAAAAAUACAUUUAAACCAUGAUUAUCUUCACCCCAAGUCAUUGAGUCAGUUGACUUAAGAGUCUAUGCUUUAUAAAAACUACAUUAUCGUCAGUGGUUGCAAGAAGCUGGAAAAGACAAUAGAAAUCCAAUCGUACUUUUGACUGCGUUUCUUUCGGCUUGUCCCUUUCGGGGUCGCCACAGCGUGUCAUCUCAGAUGAACGCAUAUAUAUAUAUAUAUGUUUGGCACAAUUUUUACGCUGGAUGCCCUUCCUGACGCAACCCUUCCCAGGGAGUGGAGGCCCCAGUGGAAUACGAACCCACAACCCGUGGUUUACCAAACCAGUGCUCUAACCACUGAGCUACAGGGCCUCCCUAAAUUGUACUUUUGACUCAAGAUGGUCAAACCUGUUUCAGCAUACAGUGAUUGAUCCACUUGCGCCAGAAAGAAAAUGUUUUUUUAUCAUGCUUUGCAAAUUGAACUUUGCGAACCUACAAACUACAUGUUUUUAAUCCAUUUGUCUUUGAUGAAGGGACACAUAGCAACAAAAGCAAGAUGUGAAAAACAAACAAAUGGGAAGUUAUCUCACUCAAACUAUUGAGAUUGUUGAUGAUAUUUGACAUUUUUGAUGUUCAGCCGGCUAUCACUUCAUAAUUUAUUACUUUGAAGUCAAGGCACUUGAACAUGUGCUGUUUCCCCACAAUAACUGUGUUAUCCAAUAUUAUAUUGGGUACAGGUACACGAAAUCAUCAUUGACAUGUUCUAACCACGUGGAUGAGGACUGAUUUUCAUGGUAACGUUAAAACAAACUAAAGACAAUAGCUUUGUUUUUACAAUAUGAAGCAAUUAAAACACCUAAUAUCUCUAACUUUGAUUUCAUACAAUAUGCUUGUGGACAUUUAAACAGGAAAAAAAAAGAAUAAGGUUUUGCAAGCACACUAGAUGAGGGAAAAACUAUUAUAUAUUUUACAAAAGCAGAUGCUUGACCGUUAACAUGAGCAACAAUAAAAUAAUAUACACAAUAGAGAAGUAAUGAAUAACAAAGGAAAAACAUGACGUGAUGAUAUCUGAACCUCCCAUUUCCCAGGACAUGCACACCAUAAGAUCACAGAAGUUUUUGAGGUGAAGCUGUGUCGGUCGGUCAGUGCGUUUCAUCACAAACACGACAAAAGCAAGUGUGGAAUCAUGACUUUUUUUUUUUUUUUGCCUACAACUCAGUGUCCUUGUAUUUCUGGGGGUUGUAG